AGGGAACACGUGGCAGUACUUGUGGAGAGAGCAUAGGAAGCUGCGCGCACAGUCCUCUUGCAGUACCUUCAGCCACGCAUACACUGGCAAAGCUGCUGUGUUCACACUGGCCAGAGGACAGAGAUGAUGGACACCAAACUACUGAUGGCUCUUUGUGCGCUUCUAUUCCUUUACUCGGUAUCCACUAUACAAACUCCAUCUCCAAACUCAGCAACGUUGCCUGGUGAAGCUGAAGCCAGUGUCCCUACUUUGAGUCCUGACCCCACCAGUCAUGCAGAGAAUAGCUCCACCGCAAACCAAACUUCCAGUGGCACCAGCAGCUUCAGCAGCAACACAUCUACAGAAAACCAAACCAUAUUUACCAAUGCAACUGACGUCUUUCCUGCAGAGACUGGUGUUUCAGACAAGAAUGAAAACUCAACAAAUCAGCUGCCAUCACAGCCUCCUACUGUUCCCUCUGAGAGCCUCUCCCCCACCUCCCACGCCUCCCUUCCCCCUCCUAUUACCAGCGUCACACACAUAGCUCACACUACUCAUGUACCAUCUACCACACAAUCUUCAAUAAAUUCCAAAAUAUCAAACCCUUUUGUUUCUCUUACACCUGGCUCUACUAUACCCUCAGAGCCAGAAAGGCCACCUGAAACAACUUCCGCCCCAAAACCUGAGCCCCAAAAUCCAACAAUUUCCUCUACCACCACCACCACUCAGUCUAGUUCAACAUCCAGCACCAGCUCUUCUCACAGGACCCCCAGUUUGCAUCUGACAACAGAAACUUCACAAUUGAUCAGCCAUGACAAGACUUCAAGCACAUCCCAGCCGAAGCCCACCGUCACUCCCCUUAGCAGGACCUCCACUCAGGCCAAAACCCACAGCGGCAACCCAUCCCAGCUGAAUGUUGGGCGUGACACGACGAUGGCCCAUGACUCUCCCACAUUGGACCCCCUCCUGGCUGGCUUGGUGUCAGCCUUCAUCAUCACUGCUGUGGUUAUCGUUCUGCUCCUCUUCCUCAAAUUGCGCAGAAGAAACAACAGACCAGAGUUCCGCAGACUGCAGGAUCUACCCAUGGAUGAUAUGAUGGAAGACACUCCUCUGUCCAUGUACAGCUACUGAUGGAGACACAACAGGACUUUUGGGUCCCAGUUACUGCCCUUCAGUCCAGACUGAGGCUGCUGUUGUUGUUGAACCUGGUUUAUUCUUCUUAAUAGCACCAUAACAAGCCUGGGUCGGUGUAAGCACAUUCAUGGAUUAAUUUCAUCUGCCUAGAUUGGCAUGUACCAUGGGGAAAGGACAUGAGUUAAACUUGCCAUGGACAAUGAAGACAACAUCAAUGAUGGUUGCCUUAUAAAAAAAAAAAAAAGUCUGUUUUGGUGUGUUUAAUUGCAAAUCAGGCUACAGCUUCUUUUCUGUAAACUUAAUAUUGUCAGCCCAUCUUUUGGAGUUUGUUAUAUUUUGAUUUCCCUGGAGUUUGAUGUAAAGCAGAAACCAACAGCAUAACUUGUCUCUAACAGUGCUGUGGUUCACACUCAUUGAGCCCAUGCUGCCUCUCUCACCUGGGAGCACUGAUCUAUUUUUAUCCAUCAGUUCAGGUCAGGCGGAAAUUAAAGCCAAAAUAUCUAACAGAGAGGUGUAAGAAGAUAAAAAAAAUAUAUAUAGUGUUAACAAGGUUGCACUUUAUGAUUUUAAGGAGUUUGAAAAAAUAUUUUGUGUAAGAGGAAAAAAAAUGAAAGUUUUAUGUACAUAAAUAGGCAUAGAUCUGUGUGUGUGUUUGCAAGUGUAGGUCUGGAUGUAUGUAUGCUGUACUGCAGGUAUGAGAAGAGUAUGUUUUGUUUUUUAUGUGUAAUAGGUUUUACUGCCUUUAGGUCUGAUUUUGAUGUGUGCAUUUUUUUCAGUUUCUUUCCUGCAGGCUUCAGUCCAGGAGAGAGUGCCUUAUAGCUCUUACAUUAAAUUUUGUAUUUACUGUGUAUACCCCACAAACCACCAGAUGUACCAGCCAUUCCCAGAACGUUUUGAACCCCACUUCAGCACACACUGUUCCGGUUUAGCUAGCUGCGCUGACUCGCAGAUGUUUGAAGAUACGCCUUGGGCAUAUUCACUAAGCACCACUUCUCCAUGCAGUGACAGUUUAAAGUCUAAGUUGGCCAAUAGCGUUUCCAUACAAUAUUGAUAUCGUCCUACAUGUUGUAAGUACUACUGAUGAUUACAUCAAGCAGAAUGGUCUUAAUGAAACCCCUCUUCUCGUUUCCUGCUUCAGCAUUCAACACAAAUACAUAAAAAAAUAGACUGAUCUGGCAAAUAUUCAUUGGUUACACUAUGUAUCCGACACGCUGUACAUUCACUCUGCAGAUAUGCGGAAAAAUAUGAGUUGAAAUGUGACCCAUGAGUAAAGCUUACUGUAUUAACUAAAUGAAUUAUUUUGAGGUGAUUCUAUGUUUAGUCUUUCAUUCUUGUGCUACUAACAACUACAGGUGGAUUAAGAUUUGGGGAAUGCAAAGACAACAGCAAAUCAUUCAUUCAUUGAUCUUUUUUCAUACAGUACUCUUAUCUUAAAGUCCGGUGUUGUCCAUUUCUUGAAGUGUUAAAUCAUUGAAUGCGCAGUGAGGCUUCGCUGCCAUGUGAAUUAUGGACUGUUGGUGGUUCAUGAUUAAAGAUAUUUUUAAACCA